AUGUCAACAGAAAGCGAUGAUGAAGGAAAUAUUAUAUUAUUGUCUCUUCAAAUAUCAAAAGGUCAGCUUGGAAGGAAAAAGGCCCUGUUGAACAGAGCAAAAGAAGGCCUUAUAAGCAACAUGGUUGCCUCGAGUGACAAGGUCCAAGAACAGAACUAUAAGCUGUUGAAUGAUGAUUAUUUCAAUGUGCUUAGAGAUUUUCCUGAAAUGUUUUCGCCACAACCACCUUCAGACGUUGGACUUCACCUCCAUUCUCAGGGAGGCUCAAGUUCAACCAAGCUGAAUCUUGGAAAUGCUAGUAUAACUAGCAUCACAUCUAGCUAUGCAGGAUCAACUUCCUCUUUUAGUACAACUGAACAGUGCAUGUCUUUACCACGAGCAGGUUGUCAUGGCCAUACCUUAUCUGCAUGCUCUCAACUAAACAGCCUCGAUCUUCAAGCAGGAAACAAUUUGAAACUUUCCUUCGAAUACAAUCAAAAUCUCAGAUCUUCUACAAAGUUGUUUCAGAACCUAUAUAGUGAUUUGCCAGGGAGUCACCUCUUUGAACUCCUGCAGAACUCAGCUGAAUUAGAUAACACCAUGCAAUGGAGGCCAACCUAUAUAAGUUUUGAGGGUAACCAGUUGAACGAGGCUAGCUUUAAUCCAUACAGCUCUCAACUUCCAAAACCAAUCUCCUUCUUUCACCCAGAGAAGCAACCUCCUAAUUCUCCUUAUGGGAUCUCUGUCACUCAGAAUAAUUCUGUUUUAUCAAGGUCAGGAACUUCGAGUAAAACACGCAUUAGGUGGACACAAGAUCUUCACAAGCGAUUUGUUGAAUGCGUAAAUCGUCUUGGGGGUGCCGACAAGGCAACUCCAAAGGAAAUCUUUAAGCUGAUGGAAAUCAGUGGAUUAACCACCUUGCAAGUUAAAAGUCACUUGCAGAAAUAUCGUACUGCCAGAUACAUUCCAGAAUCUACAGAUUACUUGCCUGUCACUAAUUUUAGGUCUUUGGAUCCUUGUAUUGCAAAGAUCAUUGCACUAUGUGUUUCAUAUGCAGGGAAAUCUGACAAGAGAUUCCACAUGAAUCCUGUGACACAGUUUGAUCCCAAAACAGGCACGCAGAUAGCAGAAGCUUUGAGGCUGCAACUAGAGGUCCAGAAACGCCUACACCAACAAUUGGAGGUUCAAAAAGAUAUACAGUUACGGAUUGAAGAACAAGGGAGGCAGCUUAAAAAGAUGUUAGACGGGCAGCUAACAACCUAUGAGACUCUUGUCCAAUCCCAUGCCUUUGAAUUGACAUCCUGGGAUCAAAUGUCUUCAAUGACUUUACAGUAUCCUUCUCAUAGCAGUAGAGAAACACAGUAAAUUGUAA